AUGAAGGAUUUCAUGAAGAAGAUCACCUCCUCCGGCCACCGAUUUCACCCCUUCACGCCCCUCGUCUCCUCCGCCUCCUCCUCCCGCCGCCCCGACGCGAACGGUACCGCGGCCGCUGCCACCGUCGCGUGCCCCAGCUGCGGAGACGCGUUCCCGUCCGAGCUCGCCGUCUCCGAGCAUCUCGACGGCUGCCUUGCGUCGGCGGGGGGCGCCCGCGCGCGCGCCGCCGCGUACCUCGCCGCCGACCCGCCCCUGGCCUCCGUAGAGGUGGUCAAACGCCUGCUGGGCAAUCUGCUCCGGGAGCCCGGCAACGAUAAGUUCAGGCGGGUUAGACUGGGCAACCCGCGGAUCAAGGAGGCUGUAGCGAACAGGAAAGGCGGGGUGGAGCUCCUGGAGGCCGUUGGCUUCAGCGUUGGGGAUGAGGGCGGGGAGCCCUUCGCCGUCAUGGGCGAAGUGCCCAGCGACGCCAGGCUCAACGGGAUUAGGAGGGCCGUCCUCCUGCUCGAGGGGGACACCCCUCUGCGCCUCCAGUGA